GGCAAAGGCCAAGCAUCAUCAGGGAGAAACGGGGGACUACUGACCAGUACAUCCAGGACUUUAGGCUCCCAAGUGAAGAGUGUAGCUGUCAGUCCUAUUAAGAGCCCCUCGUCUGUGUGCAGUGUGCCUCCUGCCACCAGCUGUGUGGAGCAGAGCAAAAAAGAGAGAGACAAUGGCCUAAAUGAGUCUCUGCUGCCAGGUAAUGAAGACAGAGAUAGACAGAGCAAGGAAGUAGCUGACCUAUUGGAGGAAUUUAUGACGACACUGGGUGUCACACACAGACAGGAUGGGACAACAAAUACAACAGAGAUUCUUAAGCAACUACUUACUGAAGUAAAACGUUUAAAGACUACAUUUCAGACAGAGCGUGAUGAAUGGCAGCAGUUCCAGGCAGACUUUCAGGUGGCCGUGUCGGUGGCUGACCGCCUAAAAGCCGAGGCAGAAGAAGAGCUCACAGCAUUACGAACGGCCCACAAGGAAAUCGAGAUGGAGCUGGCUGCAGCUCAGCAGAGACAGAAGGAGGCUGAAAAUCAGCUUCUCACCCUACAAGGAGAGCUCAAAGAAACCAGGCAAAAAUUGGCAACUUUUACUGACGCUCAAUAUAAAACUGAUGUCCAUGUUCGAGAGGAGCUAAAGGGGUCCAAUGCAGAAAUUAUUAUGUCUGAAAGCAAGGAGAGCACCAAUAGGGGCAGGUUAAGGGGAUUGUACAAGCUUGGAGGCGAAAGGAUGGAAAGUAAGAGUCAGAAUCAAGUAACUAAGAAUGUUUUUGAGAAUAAUUCAAAAGUGGACUUCAAAGGUUUUACCAGACAUUCCCUGAAAAAUGUGACCAAUGAGGACAGAGCAGAUGUCCAGCCCAAUGAAUCCCAAAGGGUGAGAACUUCAGAGAGGUCAAGAAGCCUGUCUAGAUUGCCCGCUUCUUCUGACACUGAUCCCAUACGAAACGAUGCAUCCCAAACUAACCUUCCUUCAACAGUGGGGUCAACAAACAAGACCUUGGGGCAACUAAGAGGAAGAAAAAGUUCAGAGUGGCAAGACACCAAGUUGCCAAAGGAUGCAGGAAAACGUGAGGAGUCUCUGAACAAAUACAACUCAGCCCUUACUGAACUGCCUCCCACCAAGUCCCAGGAUGGUUUUAACCUACUGCUGCGUCGCCAUGGAGGUUCAAAGAGAAACUCUCUGCUUCGUUGGUGUCAGAGCCGAACACAAGGAUACGAGAAUAUUGACAUCACAAACUUCAGCAGCAGCUGGGCAGAUGGCCUUGCUUUCUGCGCUGUUUACCACACCUACCUCCCAUCGCACAUCCCUUACAGCAGCCUCAGUCCUGAGAACAAGCGAGCGAAUCUCAGUUUGGCAUUCAAAACAGGAGAGACUGUGGGGAUUUCACCCACACUGACAGCUGAUGAGAUGCUGCGAGCUGGGGGACCUGACUGGCAGCGGGUCCUGGGUUAUGUGGAGAGCAUCUACCGUCACUUUGAAAUGUGACCACAGGAGAUUCUGAUCAUAAAAACAAAGCAGACACUCUAGAAAUUACACAUUUUUGUAAUGAUACCUCCAGUCUUGCCAAGUUGUAGAAAUAGUUGAAAGUUAAUGGAAACUCUUGGCCUUUUGGUCCAGAGAAGACUAACCCUGAAAAGAUCAAAACAAGGGUCUAUAACUUGCAUACACAAAAAAGUAGAUGUGUAUCACUGAUCAUUUGGAAAUUCUGUUUGCUUUUAUAUUCCCCCCUGCAAUUUUUUCCACUAAUUGAAAUGUCUUUAAACACAUAUUAACACAAAUUCAACACACUGUAGUAAACAGAUAGAUGGAGGCAGAAGAUG